AUGGCUGAACAAAUUCCAUUCGGUAUUGCUGAGAACCUUUUGAUGAAGCUGGGCUCUGCUGUUUUCCAUGAAAUUGGAUUAAUGUAUGGUGUCGGAGGUGAGCUGAGAAAGCUUAAGGAGAAACUGUCCACCGUCGGAGCUGUGCUUCUUGAUGCUGAGGAGAAGCAGGAGAGCAGCCACGCAGUAGCAGAUUGGGUCAGGAGGCUUAAAGAUGUUGUGUAUGAUGCUGAUGACUUGUUGGACGACUUUGCAACCGAAGACUUGAGGAGAAAGACUGAUGAUCGUGGAAAAUUUGCGGCACAAGCUAUUAGAGAAAGGCUAGAUGAUAUUGCAAAUGAUAUCUCCAAGUUCAAUUUAAUUUCCGGAGUCAUACCCAAUGUCCCAGUAAGGAAUAGGGAGUGGCGAGAGACGAUCUCUGUUGUGGAGAAAUCUCAUAAAAUUGUGGGUAGGGAUGAAAACAGAAAGGAGGUAAUAGAGUUGUUGAUGCAGUCAAGUACUCAAGAAAAUCUGUCAAAGGUUGUGAUUGUAGGCAUAGGGGGCUUAGGCAAGACCACCCUUGCUCAGUUGGUAUACAACGACCAAGGGGUGGUAAGCUAUUUUAAUCUUAAAAUGUGGGUCUGUGUUUCCGAUGAUUUCGAUGUAAAAAUACUGGUUAGGAAUAUCAUAAAGUCUGCAACUAAUAGAGAUGUGGAAAACUUGGAGUUGGAUCAGUUGCAACAACGCCUUCACCGACACUUAGAUGGAAAGAGGUAUUUGCUUGUGCUAGAUGAUGUCUGGAACGAGGAUGUAAGGAAAUGGGGUCAAUUAAUAACUUUGUUGCCUGUUGGAGCAACUGGGAGUAAAAUUUUGGUGACCACUCGAAGCACUAGAGUUGCAUCAGUUAUAGGAAUUGAUUCCCCAUAUAUCGUGGAAGGUCUUAAAGAUGAUGAGUCUUGGGAUUUGUUUGAAAGUCUUGCGUUUAAAAAGGGAGAAGAGAAAAUGCACCCAAACCUUGUAGCCAUAGGAAAAGAUAUUGUGAAGAUGUGCAAAGGAGUUCCUCUUGUCAUUGAGACUUUAGGCAGAACAUUGUACUUCAAAACCCAAGAAAGGGAUUGGUUGAGCAUUAGAAAUAAUAAAAAUCUGAUGUUGCUUGGAGAUGAAAGUAAUAUUUUGUCAGUUUUGAGGUUAAGUUAUGACAAUCUACCCACCCAUUUGAAACAAUGUUUUGUCUAUUGUACACUGUUUCCCAAAGAUUAUAUAAUUGAAAAAAAGUUGUUAGAAGAAUUAUGGAUGGCUCAAGGUUACCUUCAAGAGUCUGAUGAAAACAGAGAUUUAGAGGAUGUUGGUGAUCAAUAUUUUGAAGAUUUAUUGUCAAGGUCAUUGUUUCAAAAAGUUGAAAAUAAAAAUACAAAUAAUAUAGUAAGUUGUAAAGUGCAUGACUUAAUGCAUGAUCUUGCACAAUCCAUUGUAAAGUCUGAGAUAAUCAUUGUAACGAAUGAUUUGAAGAUUAUUCCAGAAAGAAUUCAUCAUGUGUCAUUAUUUAAUAAAUCCAAUGAAAUGCCUGAAGGUUUAAUGGGCAAACCCAUUAGGACCUUUGUUAUUGGCAAACCCGAUUGGAACCUUGUUACGGGCCCUUUCUAUGGUGAUUAUUACAGUACAGAUACAUUCAUCUCAAGCUUAAAAUAUUUACGGGUAAUGAAGGUGAGUUUCCGACCUCAUGAGGUUCCAACAUCUUUAGACAAACUAAGCCAUCUAAGAUAUCUUGAUCUUUCUCAUGGGUUGUUUAAAAACCUCCCAAGUGCUAUUACAAGAUUGAAGAAUUUACAGACAUUGAAGCUUUUUCGUUGUGAGAAUCUGAAAGAAUUGCCGAUAGAUACGAAAAAAUUGAUCAACCUGAGGCAUCUUGAGAUUGAUGAAUAUAAUCAAUUGAUUUAUAUGCCACUUGGGUUGGGAGAAUUGACGUUGCUUCAAACCUUGCCUAUAUUCUGGGUAGGGAAUGAUAGUGGGGAAUCUAGGCACAUGGGUAGGUUGAGUGAACUGAAAUUCCUUAACAACCUCAGAGGAGAACUAGAAAUUAGAGGCCUUCCAAAUGCCAGGGGUAGUGAAGCAAAGGAAGCCCAUUUGGAGGAUAAACAGUACCUCGAUUGCUUGAGAUUAAGUUGGGAGGAAGAAGAAGAAGAUACUGAGGAGAAUGAGGAGGCAGUGUCAGUGAUGGAAAGCCUGCAACCACAUCCAAAUCUGAAGGACCUCUCCAUACUAUUUUACAAAGGUGUGAGAUUCCCAAAUUGGAUGAUAAAUGAUGGAUUGGAUUUGCUGCUCCCAAACCUAGUCAGAAUUCAACUAUGGCGUUGUAUGGGAAGCCAAGUUCUGCCACCUUUUGGUCAACUCCCUUCCCUUCAAUAUCUACAUCUUGCCCAACUAUAUGAUGUGGAGUACAUGAUGGAUUACCCUUCACCAGCAAAGCCAUUCUUCCCACGUCUGAAGACACUCAGACUUUCCUAUUUGCCUAAUUUGGAGGGAUGGGGGAGGAGGGACGUAGCAGCAGAGCAAGCUCCUUCAUAUCCUUAUCUUGAGAAUCUAGAGCUGGAAAACAUCAGUAUGGAGCUAUGCUUACAUCUGAUCUCUGUCUCUUCUUCAUUGAAGUCUCUGCGUAUUUGCGGAAUAGAAGAGCUAAUAUCUCUGCCAAAGGAGCUUCAACAUGUUUCCACCCUACAAACUCUCAAAAUUGAGCAUUGCUAUGGUUUGGCAACUUUACCAGACUGGAUUGGCCGCCUCACAUCACUUACACAGCUUAGCAUUAUAGCCUGCCCCAAAUUAACAUCACUGCCAGAAGAGAUGCGAUCCCUCCGCCAUCUACACCAACUCCGGAUCUUCAGUUGUCCAGAUUUAUGGGAAAGAUGCCGAAGGGAAACUGGUGAAGAUUGGCCUAAGAUUUCUCAUAUUCCCGCAAUUGAUAUUCCCAGGGGAUAUUGAAGCUGAUUUGUGAAGCAUGCCUUCUCUUUUUAAGUGAAUGUGUCAUCCACAAUAUAUUUGAGGAAAAUUUUCUUUCCUGGCUACUCAAAAGCUUUGUUGAAUGCACCAUGGAUCUUCAUCAUUGAAAUCUCUAUCUAUCCGGGUAAAAAUGGUUUGAUAUCUCCGCAAGAACGGGGCCAAGACUUCUCAAUGUUCUCAAGAAUUUAAGUAUUGUGGAUUGCAUAGAGAUGAUGAUCGUGCCUUGAAAUUCUAAGCACUUACAAGCUUGCAUCGUCUGUUUAUUCAAUUGAUGCCAAACUUGGUCUUUCUCGCAAAGGGGCUUCAAUAUGUUUCAAUGCUAAAAACUCUCAGAAUUUGGAGCUCUUCUGGUUUAGCAAUUGUACCAUAUUGGAUAGGCAGUAUCUCAUCAAUCAGCACUUACAGAGCUAAGCAUUAGAGGCUGCUCCAAAUUGAUGUCACUGUCAAAAGGGGUGAGAUACAUCAGCAAUCGAAAGCAAGUGAAGAACUAAGAUUUCUCAUGUUCCUAAUAUGGUUCAAUUGUUGGCUACUUCAUGAAGUACCAUGCAAUCAUCCACCCACGGGAAUAUUUUAGAGAUGGAACAAAAAGAGGGCGUGUGCAUUUUCCUCUGCUUGUGUUUCUCUUCGUUCUCUUUAUUCUAUCUUCAAACCUCUACAACGAGCCAAGUAUUCAGCAAAUUCAUCAAAACCGAGAUCAUAAUGACAGUCACCAGCAUCAAGAUUCGACCACUUCGAAAUUGUAGAGGUUUUGGAUUGAUUCACUACAUGCAGCUCCACUGUAAAGUACAACGGUCGGAAAGCAGGGUGGGUUGAUGGUAAACUGUAGCCAGAUGGUCAGAGAGGAAUUUCAGGGAGAUGCGACAUGUUUUCUGGAAAAUGGAUCUUUGGCAACACCUCUAAUCCUCUGUACAAAGAGUCUUGUUGUCUGUACAUGUCAAAUCAAUUGGCUUGUCACAAGCAUGGAAUGUAUGAUUUGGGAUACCAAUACUGGAGAUGGCAACCCCAUUACUGCAAUUUGAAGAGUAGAAGAACAACAUACCACUUGAGCAAGGAGCACAUAUUACUAAAUCUAUGAAAUAGUUGGUUAAUUCUCAUCUCUCAAGUUUCUUAAUCUCGGGAAUCUAAAUGCUUUGGAGUGCAAGGAUAAUAGUAGUGGCAUAUCUCCUUCAUUUUUAUUGAUAGGCAAGUUGGUAUGGGGAGAGUACAAAACAAGUAAAGCUAGUAGGACCAUUCUUCCCAUUCCUGCCAUGAUGGAGGAAAAGAGAUGAUGGAGAGAUAACAUCAUUAUCACUAGCAGAACUACAUCAACAACACCCAUUACUUCUGCAUUUUCCUCAUCUUUUUAUUUUCCUUGAGCUGACGUCUAUGUCAUUGCAUCUAUAUCUUGAUUGGGAUUUACAUUUGGAUAACAUUUCUUCCAAAAGAGGAGUCUCAGGAGCUUACUUAUCUUAAUUUGGAAGGGUGACAUAAGGAGCAUUAGCAAGGUGAUUCUUCUCAUUCUUGCAAUGAUGGAGAAACUUGAAAGAUAUGUUGAGGAGGUAGUGGCACUACCAAAUAAACAAAAACAUAUUUGUUCUUGCCAUGAUUUCCUUUUCUUUUUAUUCUCCUUGAGCAUCACAUCCAUGCCACUACAUCUACAUCUUAAGGAUCCAUAAUACUAUCUCCCUCAUUUCCUUUCUCUUUCAUGUAUCCCAUUAUAGUCUAUGCAUAUUGAUGGCAUCAAAUGAUCAAAUAUAUGUUCCAAAAAAAAGGUUGUGGUAUAUCAAUUCUCUCUUAAAUUUUGAUAAGCAUAAUAUGUCAUUGUCUAUUUGUCCAAGUGUAGAUAUUCAAAAUGUAGAUACUAAUGGCGGUGGAAUUUUAUGUCUUAGAGAAUUUUAGCAAGUUAGAGAUUUUUUGGAUGAAGGUAGCAACCAAUUCAAAGGACUUGAGAGGUAGCAUCCAAUAUGUAUUCACUUUACUACAUCGAAGAAUUGAACAUUUUGGGUAUGUGCUCAUUCUUCAACUUAGGUAAAAUAGAUGGUAGGUCACAUCACUAAACUUUUUAUUAUUCAUUGUCAAGCUUGAAAUCACUACUAGAGGGAUGUCAAAGGAAGCAGGUGCAAAUUGAUCUAACGACUUAUCAUGUCUCAAGAACUCCUAUAUAUCUACUAGUCUCAAAUAGCUAAUGCACAAAGGACGUGUUCCCUCUUUUCAAUUCAAGUGCCCUAUCCACAGUGCAUUUUUUUAGGUGGUGCAUAUGGAAUGAGUCAGCUCACUUACAUCAUUGUGUAUAUUAUUCAAGUAUGUUGAUCUAACCUCUCUUCCCACCUCUAAACUCUUUAUAGCUUAGUUCUUCACAACCAAUUUCUUAAGAACCGGUAAAGUCUGAAUUUCAAUUCUUGUAUUUUAGUUGUUUAAGGCAAUAGAACAACAAGAAGUUGAGCAAGUGGCUCAUACUACAAAAUUGAAGUGUGUCAUACAAUUUAUUAUCAAAUGCCCUAGACCUAAGCCCUUGUAUAUAGUUCUUAACUCAGAACAAGUAAUAUGAUGUUCAAUAUGGAUGUUCUCUUCUAUGACAUGAGAGUAAUAAUCCCUUGAUCUUUUGUUCUUCUUCUCUUAGGAGGAAUUAUAUUGUCUACCACUAGAGGAAGAAUUUGCUAGAAUGCAAUAUUGUGAGAAUAUAAAAUUUUGUUUAGAGUUUCUUCAUAAUUUCAUUGUAGGAUCAUCUCAUCUCCAAAGUGAAAAAACUCUUGACUGUAAUUGAAGCAUUCCAUUGUGUACUUAAUGUUGUUAUCUUGAUUGAUUUGACAGGUUCAGUUCCCAAUUUGUUAGUUCCAACAUAGCAGAACAUUCAUGACUUAUAGAUCUUCCAAUUUGGAAUCUCCUAUGACGUCUGUCAAACUCAUCAAUGAUUUGUUUGUAUCUUAAAAAUUGUUAUAGAUUUUACUUGUUAUGCAGUGGAUUUGUUUGUAUCUUAAAAAUUAAUUCUUGUAUGAUUAUUUGUAGGAAAAAAAAUUGAGCUACAUGUUUGGCCUCAAAGCAAGAAGAAUUAAUCAUUUUGAUAAGGUUCAUGUUUUGAAAUAGUGGGAGAGGCCAAUCCAAGAUGAUUGAUCUACCUGUUCAAGAUGUGCUUGAAAGGUGUGGAUCAAGUUUAAUCAAACUGUCUUUGGGAAUUAUUUUUGGUGGAAGAUAACAUCAUAUUUCAUAACCUUGUCAUUAAUUGUUGACAUACAAAAGCUCUUUAGUACAACUUAUGGACCAAGAGAAGGUUUGAUUAAGAGAGGAAGAAUGGAUUCAAAAUUCUCUGUGAUCUCUACUUCUGACACUUUUAGAAGCUUCAAUCAUGCUUCGAAGAACCAUUCGGUUUAUUUAAAGCUUUUGGAAUCUCUUUGCAUACCAUGGAAGUGUAUUUAGAAUUCAAAUUCAGUAUCAGUUUUCGUUUACUACAAUUAUUUCUCAAAUCUCUUCACAACCUUUCUAUUACUUGUUCUUUCAUGUUUCUUCAAUGAUAAGGUUGACACGAUUUGUUACUUUGAUGGAAUCAAUUUUGGAUGAAAUAUGAGUAUUCUAUUCUA